GCGAGCGGUGACCGCCGUGCCGACAAGAGUAAAAGAAAACACCGCGCGUGGCGCCGCGUUUCCUUGGCCAGCGCUCGCAGCUCGAGCGCACUCGCAGAGCGUGGACGCAGAGCUCGGCUUGAACCUGCGGCUAUGCACGGAGCGGCGCGUGUCGGUUGCAGGGGCACUUUUCUUACGGCGAUCCUGGCGCAGUCCCUGUGCAUGUGGGUUGCUUCGCACGGCUACGAAAAGACCACGUCCGUCGAUCCAAACAAUACUGCAGAUGUCCCGUACAGAUUGAUGGGGAAGCAUGGAGCCAAAAUGGGCGUCUUGAACCCGGGUUGCGACAACGCACAGUAUCAUUUAGACGUUGACUACGGUGGAUCGCCUAAGGAAUACACCUGUACCAUGAAAGACUUCCUGUGGUAUAAGACUGUCCGAGGCUGGUACCACUCAAUAUACAAGUGCAACAAGGUCAGAAAGGGAUACCGCCCUUAUCAUUACUGUAUGAACAAGAGGAUAAUAUACAGUGAUGCUGUACCCACGCACGAAGGACACCGUCCCCUGUGGCCUGUGUACGGCGAAUACAAGUACGUGCCACCACAGCGCUGGCUGCACAACAUCGAGCACGGAGCCGUGGUGAUGCUAUACCACCCGUGUGCAACAAGGUGGUUUGUGGAGAAGCUACGGAAGCUCGUAAGAGGCUGCUUGAGAAAGCACAUCAUAACUCCCUAUAGACAACUCACCCUUCAACGACCCUUGGCUCUGGUGGCGUGGCGGUGCAAGCUAGAGAUGAGUCACGUGAACGCGAGAGAGGUCAUCAAAUUCAUCAAAGAACACGCCCUGCGAGGUCCCGAAGGGCACCUUUCCAUGGAGGGCCAGUAUCGCUACAUGCUUCUUGCGGAAGCCCGGCCGCCGAGUGGAUCCAACAUGGACGACGCUAACCUGUGCCCAUCUGCUUGGGACGACUUGGGAGAAUAGCGCGCUAGUCGCUCUGAUUUAUGUUGCAAAUGGCGCCAGAGCGUUUGAAACUUUGCGGAUAGAUGGCGCCGUUGAUCAGUUCGUUUUCUUUUUUGCUUAUGGUAGACGAAAAUUCGUAAAUAUUCUCGUUUAAAGAUCGAUGCAUCGAUGUAAACGGUGUAUGUCACCCUUAAUUCCACCAGUUCAUUUUUUUUUUAGUUACUACUCAAUAUCCUUUGUAUCCUGACGUAAAUGAUGUCUUGUCAUUGGUAUUUCGCAACCCUGCGACACCCCCACGUAGCAACAGUGAAUGCACACCUUUGUAAGCUACAGCUGAGCAAGCUUCUGUAUUGAAUAAAGUAAUUCCCUUGAGAA